UUUUUUUGUAAAAAUUAAUCUGUUACAGCUGUCAUGCGCUGGGUACCCUCAAAGUUGGUAAAUAUAAGCAAUUUUGUAAAUUGUUUCGUAAAGUUGUGUUUUAGUUAAAAUUCUAAAAAUGUUAAAAGCUAUAUUGAUUAGGUAUACAGGAUAAAAAUGCUUCAACCGCGAGGUGAAACUACCACAUCUUGGUUGGCGUCCGGAAUCGCUAUGGGUGUUAUAAUUAUCGCUACCUUAAUCGGCAAUCUCUCUAUGUUAACGGCUAUGAUACGUGUUAAAAGGUCUCCCACGCAUUAUCCACUCAUCAGUUUGGUGGUGGCCGACUUCCUUGUUGGUUUUGUGGUGCUGCCUAUCGCAGCUGCGAGGGAGUUAUUUGUUUUUCAUCUCCCUCACAUCGUCUGCGCGUUUUGGGGCACCUUGGACGUGUUAUGCUGCACAGCAUCCAUACUAUCGCUUUGUGUUCUGGGGUGGGAGCGUUGGUCUGGCAUCACCGCGCCCCUGGCCAGAGCAAGGAGGGCAGAGAAGGCCAAACUGUUGGCUUGCGUCAUCUGGCCGGUAGCCUGUGCUGUGGCGUUGCCUGCUGCUAUAAUUCCUUCACCUCGUCAUUUCCACCCUGGAGAAUUGGCUAAAGCUUGUACUGUUAAUACUAAUAUUGGGUACGUCUUCUUCAGCAUCUCAUUCUCUUUCUACAUCCCAGCAACCAUAAUGCUGGUGAUGUAUGGAUAUAUUAUUCGAGCGCUCGCAUCCCCACCACCAAUACGUGUUCAUAGGGGAAGAUCACCUUAUCCGGAAACUCGGAAUCAAGUUCAAGUAAGAUCAGGUGCUGGUGAUAGAACACCAAAACCUCCAGAUCACAAUAGAAAUAUCUCUCCUAUAUCUACACCAAAAAGAAUCCGAGUGACCAUUCCAGGAACUUCGAAAACUGUUAAACUUCCUUCACCACUGAAGUCGCCACGUACUAUGAGCGGAAUAAUGACCCGUCAACGCCGCGCUACACGAAUCAUAAUAAUGUUGAUGGCGCUAUUCUUCGUGUGUUGGGCACCUUUCUUCAUCAUGUUGCCUAUUCACUCUGUGACUGCGUGAAUGACUCAGCAUGGCAAUGGUGCACUUGGCUCGGCUAUCUUAACUCAGCAUUGAACCCUCUAGUAUAUUCUGCGGGCUCCCCGAGUGUACGGAGAGUUAUUAGGGCUUCCUUCACCACGUCCACUUCAGACAAUACAAGAACAAGAAC